AAAGACUAAAAUGACAGUAACAAUAUAAGUGAAAAACAUAAUUUCAUUAGCUUUAAGUCACGAGGCACGACCAUUGAACAUGCGAGAAACGCGUGUACCCAAACUCAUUGGUUAGUUUUGAGAGCAGCAGCGUAUUCUUACACAGUUCUCAUAUGUUUAACUCCAUUCACUCUCUCAAAAGGUUCCCAUCUUUAUCAAAAGACUUGCUAAAAUCUUCUCUUUCUUUCUCCUUUCAUCACACUCUUGAGUCCUUGUCUCUGUUUUUAGUCACCUGAAGAAAAAAUAUAUGGAGAACGGAGAAUCUAACCAAGAAAAUCUCAAAUCUCUCAACCACGACGAAUCGCUUAAGAAGCCAUCUGCUUCCUCCGUCGUUGUAGAUAGGUUAAAACGUGAUGAAUGGAGCGAAGGAGCUGUUUCGACUUUACUCGAAGCUUAUGAGUCAAAAUGGGUUCUCAGAAACAGAGCCAAGCUUAAGGGACAAGACUGGGAAGACGUGGCUAAACACGUGUCCUCACGCGCCACUCACACCAAGUCACCAAAGACUCAGACUCAGUGCAAGAACAAGAUCGAGUCCAUGAAGAAACGGUACCGUUCUGAGUCCGCUACUGCUGAUGGCUCCUCUUGGCCUCUUUAUCCUCGUCUUGAUCAUCUCCUACGUGGAACUCAGCCUCAGCCUCAGCCUCAAGCUGUUCUGCCUCUGAAUUGCUCUGUUCCUCUGCUCUUACUUGAGCCGCCGUUGCCUGCGGUGGCUCAUCCGCCGCAGAUUUCUUACGGAUCCAACGGCGUCGGCAAGAUUCCUAAGGAAGACGGAUUCAAGCCGGAGAACAAACCGGAAAAAGAUGCGGAGAUGGAUACAGACAGUAGUACGCCUGUGGUUAAAACGAAGGUGAGAGGGAAGAAAGUGAAGAGAAGAUAUAAAGAAGAGAAGGAAGAGAUCGCCGGAAGUAUACGGUGGUUAGCGGAGGUGGUGAUGAGAUCAGAGAGAGCAAGAAUGGAGACGAUGAAAGAGAUAGAGAGAAUGAGAGCUGAAGCUGAAGCUAAGAGAGGAGAAUUGGAUUUGAAACGGACGGAGAUAAUGGCGAAUACUCAGCUAGAGAUUGCUAGAAUCUUUGCUGCUGCAGCUUCUUCUGGACAGAACAAAGGUGUUGAUUCUUCAUUAAGGAUCGGAAGAAAUUGAGUUCUGCUUUUUAUAUUGGAGACUCAAGAUGUUGUGUGUACAUACCAAGUGUUGUUUUGUCAAAAUUUCUCAGAGAGAGACCAAUAAUUGUUUCCUGGGGUAGAUGGCGAUUUCCACAUUUCUACCAGCAAAUGUAUGCUUUUGCCAUAUGAAUAUCAUCAAUCUUUAGUCAAAGAGAUGCUAAUACUGUCUCAAAUUUGUGUGUGUUUAAGUGUUUUAACUCUUCAGGUAGAGAUUUACAGAGAAUGCUUGGUAGAUAGUUCGGUUCGAUCAGUUUGGUCGUGUUAGAGAUUGUAGUGAAAGAGAAAAUAAGUCUUAGCAAAAGAAUGCGAGAC